ACAAAAGACAAGUAUAGCCGAAUUCUUCUCUGACUGCAAAACCCUACCAACCAAGUCAAGAUACAGCCGACACUGCACUCAGCCGCCCAGCCUCCUCAACUCUUCAACCCCCACUCCGCCACCCAGCGCCGUCUCCCUCUCUCUCUCCAGAUUCCUCAUACAUUGCUUUGUGCUCGAGUGGAACCACGUAAAACUUUGUGAUCUUGUUCUGAUCGUUUGUUGGUUUGUUUAUUCUCUUCUACUCUGUGGCUGUCACAAGCACCACCACCAUGAAUACCUCAACCAUCCCUCACCACUGCCUCCUCGCCCGCACCGCAACCUUCUCCCGCCUCCCCGCCGCCCUCCGCCCCCACCCCUCCCCCUUCACCGUCCGCAUGUCCCUCAGCGAAACCGCCCCCUCCCUUGCCGUCGUCGGCGUCACCGGCGCCGUCGGCCAGGAAUUCCUCUCCGUCCUCUCGGACCGCUCCUUCCCCUACCGCUCCAUAAAAUUGCUAGCCUCCAAGCGCUCUACCGGCAAGCGCAUCACCUUCGAGGACCAAAGCUACGUCGUCGAGGAGCUCACCCCCGAGAGCUUCCGCGGCGUCGACAUCGCGCUGUUCAGCGCCGGCGGAUCGAUCAGCAAGGAGUUCGGGCCGGUGGCGGUGGAGUGUGGGUCGGUCGUAGUGGAUAAUAGCUCGGCGUUUCGGAUGGAUGAGAAUGUGCCCCUUGUGAUACCGGAAGUGAAUCCCGAGGCUAUGGCGGGGGUUAAGUUGGGGAAGGGGGGUUUGAUUGCUAACCCUAAUUGCUCGACUAUUAUUUGCUUGAUGGCCGCCACGCCUCUUCAUCGACGUGCCAAGGUGUUGCGCAUGGUUGUGAGUACAUACCAAGCAGCUAGUGGUGCUGGUGCUGCUGCAAUGGAGGAGCUCGAACAGCAGACUCGUGAGGUCUUGGAAGGAAAACAGCCAACUUGUAAAAUAUUCAGCCAACAGUAUGCUUUUAAUCUCUUCUCACACAAUGCACCUGUCCUGUCAAAUGGCUACAACGAAGAGGAAAUGAAAUUAGUAAAAGAGACAAGGAAAAUCUGGAAUGACAUGAAUGUCAAAGUAACUGCAACUUGCAUCAGAGUUCCAGUUAUGCGUGCACAUGCUGAGAGUAUAAACCUCCAAUUUGAGACGCCCCUUGACGAGGACACGGCAAGGGAUAUUCUUAGGAGUGCUCCUGGUGUGGUGGUUAUUGAUGACCGGAAUGCCAAUCGCUUCCCUACCCCCUUGGAAGUGUCGAACAAGGAUGAUGUUGCAGUUGGCAGAAUACGCCGUGAUGUUUCUCAGGAAGAAAACUACGGGUUGGACAUUUUUGUUUGCGGUGAUCAAAUAAGGAAAGGAGCCGCUCUUAAUGCUGUUCAGAUUGCAGAGAUGUUGCUAUAGUUCAGGUCUAAUACUGCACGGCAUGUUAUAUGAAAUAGUAUUUAUUUUCGAGAAGUAGUGAAUUUGGCAAGGGUACACCAUGUUAGCGGAAGAGGAAAAAAUUGACCACUUGUAGCAGAAGCUGUUAAGGUUGCGAAGUUGUGUUUGUUAGUCCUAGUUUACCAUAUUCUUUUGAGGCGCGGUCGUCCAUAAAUAGCUCUUAUCGAGACAGUUUUGUAACAUUAGUUUUUUUCUUUGAAAUAAUUUUAUUCCCUUGUAUGUGAGCAUUAUGUUGCAUUCUUUUCUUGAGAUCAGAACUUUCUGUUGCA